CAGCCUCCUCACGGCCAAUCCCACCACUUGGCAAGUCACCAACAAGUGGCCCUACGUCGACGAGCUGGUGGACAUCCUCCCGGUGGAGAAGUCGGCGAAUGAAUUUUCCCUGCACAUCCGCAAGGGCCGGACCUCCUCGCGGUCCAGCGCCACCACCUUCUCCACGCCCCACCGGGCGGCCUUGCUGACGCAGGCCAACCGCUUCCGGCACCAGUUCGCCGCGCUGGACAAGGCCACCUUCGGCGUGGCCCCCACCAGCCAGGUGUUCCCGGCUCACAAGAUCCACUGGAGCACUCGCGACAAGGCCACCCAACUGGCCGCCAACCCGGUGUCCCUGGAUCAGGUGGCCACCCCGCCGGACGCCACCGGCCCGAUUGUCAUCGCCUCCUACGACUACUGCGACAUCUCCCACAUCGACAUCCUGCAGGAUGUGCCCGGUGGCUUUGUGGUUGUCUACGGCGCCUUCUCCCGCCGCCAUGCCUUCUUCACGCCCAACCGCGAGGAGAUCCUCAAGCGCAUGCGCCACAAUGCCCUGACCUAUGUCGGUGUGGAUCUCAAGGUCUUCGCCGACCGGUCGGCCAAUGGCCAGCCGGUCCGCCGGGAGGACUUCAUCCUCACCCGCUUCGGGCCCUUCUCCGAUGACAACUCCAUCACCUCGAUCGCGGAGUUCCGCGUGCACAAGCUCAGCCCCCGGCAUGGGAAGUUCGGUGUCAGCCGGAUUCUCUGCUUCUCGGAGCGCUGCAUCAUCGAGCGCGACCCGGGCUACUAUGCCCUGGUCACGGUGCGGCCCCUGUCCGAGGUGUUCGCCCUGGUCCGGUCCGAGACCGAGCCCCAGCAGUUUGCCAUCGAGUACAAGUCCGGGGCCAUUCGCUGGUACACCAGCACCGAGCGCGACUCCCUGCUGGCCUCGUUGCUGGAUGGCGUGCGUGCCUCCGGCAAUCGCGAUGUCUGCAUCAAGAUGCGCGAGACCAGCCGCAGCGAGCGCAUCGGCCUCUGGAGCCAGCCGGUGGACGAGGAGAUCCAGCUCACCUGCCUGACCAUGGUGGCACAGUUUGGCCCGAACAGCCUGCCCUUUGAGCAGCUCAUCAGCCGCUUCAAUGCCAACGUCGACUACAGCGGCCUCCACCUGCACGAUAUCCUGGACAGCAAGGAGGUCGAGCUGAUCCACGGCGCCAUCAACGCCGUCUUCGGUCCCGGCCAGGCGUCGUACAACGCCAACGCCAUCAGCGCGGCCGAGCAGUUUGAGUUCCUCCGGCGGCUGGUGGCCUCGCGCGUCGGCUUCGAUGCAUUCAUCAGCCUGGAUGGGUUCCGCACGCGCAUCGGCCAGCGCAUCGUCCAGGCCCUGCGGCACUCGUCGGAUGGUGUCAAGUAUGCGGCCAUCGACCUGCUGGCGGCCCUCAUGCGGCCGAUGCACGACCUGUAUGACCCGGCCCAGGAGCAGCUCAACAAGCGGGCCCUGCUCAAGUCCGAGCAGUUUGUCGGCAACCUCUGCCGGCUGCUGAGCACCCACUCGCAGCUGGGCACCGGGGCCCUCAUUUGCGCGGCCCUGCUGGACUUCUUCACCUACGCCAUCUGCCAGCCGUACAGCCUGACCACGGACGCCGACCAAUUUGCCAUGGUGCUGAAGAUGCUGUCGGACCUGGGCCGGAACCUGUUCCGCCUGUUCCAGCACCCUUCGGUGACCAUUGUCAAGGGGGCCGGCUUGCUGAUGCGUGCCAUGGCCGAGGAGGCCCCGCGCGAGGUGCUCGAGCGUCUGCAGCACCUGGCCCUGUCGGAGGGGUCGCUGCUGGUGCACCUGUACACGGCCCUCUACACCAACAGCUCCGAGCGCCAUACCCUCACCAAUCGCGAGAUCAGUCGCCAGCUGAUUUCCCUCUGGACCGAGGGCAACGCCGAGUCGGUGGCCCUCCUGGGCCACAUUUUCCCCAAGGGCCUGGUGGCGUACCUCAGCAGCUCGGAUGUCCCGCCGGCCGAUGACCACAUCGAGCUGGACACGCGCGACGUCCGCGCCGGCGAGCGCGAGAAGCGCCAGAGCCAUGUGGAGCGCUUCAUCGAGCAUUGGAACAACUCCUCCCUCUUCACGCAGAAGAAGCCCAAGGAGGCUCCCCGGCCGGUGGUGUACCGCAAGCGCGCCACCCAUGCCCGGCAUGAGCAAAACUGGGAUCUGCUGUACUACCACUUCCGCCAGGACCACGCCCGGCCGGACCUCAUUUGGAAUGAGAAGACCCGCGAAGAGCUGAAGGAGGCCCUGGAGGCGGAGAUGCGCGGCCUGAAUGUCGACAAGGAGCUCGGCGGCCUGAACCUGGUCAUCUCCUGGAACUUCGUCGAGUUCGAGGUUACCUACGAGAGCCUGAGCGAGGAGCUGUGCAUCGGUGACAAUUAUGUGCGCCUGCUCCUGGAGCAGGAGACCGGCUACGGGGUCCUCAAGCCGGUGGACUUCUUCUUCGAGCUGUAUCACCGGUUCCUGCUGACGCAGCAGCAGCACAUGAAGCUGCUCUGUCUGCAGGCCAUGGCCAUCGUCUAUGGCCGGUAUGGCGAGGAGAUCGGCCCCUUCACCGAUCUGCCCUACAUCGUACAGAUCCUCCGCCUGACUUCGUCCAAGGUGGAGCGCGAUCGCCUGCUCAUCUUCCUGGACAAGCUGCUCAUGCUGCGUGAGAACGUCAAGGCCUUCAUCGAAGCCAAGGGCAUUCGCCUCUUUGUGGACCUGCUGACUCUUGCGCACUUCCACAUUGACCGUGCCCAGACCCCCCUGCAGUCGAACCUCCUGGAGGCCGGCGACAGCAAGCCCCAAUCCGAGAAGGAGUGGUACUACAACGAUGCUUCCAACAACAACGCCCAGACGGGCCCCUUCGGCUUCGACGAGUUCAAGGAGCUCUUCCGCACCGGGGUGAUCAACAACGACACCCGCUGCUGGGCCCCUGGCAUGGAUGGCUGGCGCAAGCUGUCGACCGUCGCCCAGCUCAAGUGGUCUCUGGUCGACGGCAAGCCCGGCAUCAUGAAUGAGACCCAGGUGGCGGUCCUGGUGCUGGACGUCUUCAACCGCGUCUGCCAGAUGUUCCCCACGCGCGAGGCCGAUGGCGCGGUCAUCCGCCCGCUGCCGAAGAUCAAGCGCAUCCUGUCCGAGUCCACCUGCCUGCCGCACCUGGUCAAUCUCUUCCUCACCUUCGACCCGACCCUGGUGGAGAAGACGGCCACCCUGCUGACCAACAUCAUGGAGGACAACCCCAACAUGCCGAAGCUCUUCCAGACCGGUGCCUUCCUCUUCUCUCUCAUGUACACCGGGUCCAACCUCCUGCCGUUGGUUCGGUUCUGGGAGGCGACACACGACAAGCAGGCCUACCGCAACGACGACGAGCAGCUGUUCCUCUCGCAUCCGGACGCCGCGCGCAGUGUCCUGUCGCCCAUCCUGCCGGUGGCCAUGGUGUGCUAUCUGCAAAACCACGGCCACGAGAAGUUCUCCAAGAUCUUCCUCGGGGACUUCGACACCCCGGAGGCCAUCUGGUCGCACGAGAUGCGCCGGCUGAUGAUCGAGAAGAUCGCCGCCCACAUCAGCGAGUUCACCCCGCGCCUGAUGUCCAACACCUAUGCCAUCUACUCGUACCACCCCAUCCCGACCAUCCCCUACCCGCAGCUGGCCGACGAGCUCUUCUGCAACAUUUACUACCUGCGCCACCUGACCAACACGGCCAAGUUCCCCAACUGGCCCAUCAGCCGGCCGGUGGAGCUGCUCAAGGACGUGCUGGAUGCCUGGAAGCGCGAGGUCGACAAGAAGCCGCCUGUCCUCACGUACGACAGUGCCCUCAGCGUCCUCGGCUUGACCCCGGAGAAGACCUAUCUCGAGGCGGACAUCCGCAAGGCCUACUUCCGCAUGGCGGCCAAGUACCAUCCGGACAAGAACCCCGAUGGCCGCGAGAUCUUCGAGUCUGUCAACAAGGCCUACGAGUUCCUGGUGUCCUUCUCGGCCAAGACGGCCGACGGCCCGACCCCCCUCAACAUCGAGACCAUCAUCCGGGCCCAGUCGAUCCUCUUUGCUCGCUAUGGCCCGGCCCUGUCGCCGUACAAGUAUGCCGGGUACCCGCUGCUCAUUAAGACCAUGCAAAUGGAGACGGCCGAUGAGAAGCUCUUCUCCCGGUCGCUGUCCUUGCUGCCCUCGGCCGCCGAGCUGGCCUUCCACACGGUCAACGUGUCGGCCCUCAAUGCGCGGGAGCUCCUCCGCGAGGGCGGCUUCGAUGUGGCCUCCGACGCCUUCAUCCGGUGCAUGGACAUCAUCGGCCUGACCACGCAGGAGAAUGACAUCGCCGCUGUCACCUCGACGCACUUGAUGCGCAUGUUCGCCGUGUCGUCGCUCUUCGACGACUGCUGCGCCGCCAUCGUCGACCGGGACAACGUCGUGCGCAAUGUGGCCCUGGCCUUGCGCUUUGUCAACAUCCCGCGCAUGCGUGUGGCCGCCAUCGAGUCGUGCAUCUACUUUGCCCGGAAUGCCAGCCUGCAGAAUGCCCUGGCUCGCCAUGGGGCCAUCUGGCACCUGAUCCCCAUGCUCUUCAAGUAUGAUUACACCCUGGCCGAGAGUGGCGUCGAGACGUCCAUCGAGCACAGCUUCCAGCAGACGGCCAACCACUGCGCGGUGCUGGCCCUGCGUGCGCUCGGCCGCCUGGGUGGCUACCUGACCGGCAUCAUCUCGCUCAAGCGCGAGGUCACCGAGAGUGUUCACACCGGCGUGAAUGUGAUCGAGGGUGCCACCACCGCCUCCGGCGAGCUGGUCGCCGCCGGCCAGACCUUCGCCUCCAUGCCGGAGGAUGGCAGCUCGGAGUUCGCCUCCAUCCAUGCGUACAACAUGAAGGGCUUCGCCGAGAUGGACCUGACCAGCCCCAGCAACUUGCCGAUCCGCGCCGGGCUGGAGAGCCUGCUCACUUGGUACCUGUCGCAUCAGCUGUCCAACGAGUCGGCCUCCGAGGCGCUGAAGAUGCUCACCAGCAAUGCCGAGAACCCGUACCUCAUUUGGAACAACUCCACCCGGGUGGAGCUGCUGGACUAUGUCCAGACCCAGCUGGACGCCAUGGAGCGUGGCGGCGGGGCCGACCCCAGCCACGGGGCCAACUUCCACUUCCGCGACCUGCGGGAUGAGCUCUACGUCGGGCACAUCUAUGUGCGCAUCUUCAACAAGGACCCCACCUUCAUCAUCGAAGACCCGCCGGCCUUCAUGCAGGCUCUGGUCGGGCACUUGCGCCUGUCGGCCGAGGUUCUCUUCCGGGCGCAGCAGCUGCAGAAGGCCGCGGCGGCCGGGGUGUCGCCGCCACCGACCCCGGCCCCGGCCACCCCGGGCAUGGCCGAGGAAACCCCGGAGGAUCUCACCCGCCGGGCGGCCACGGCCGUCGGCGAGUCGCGGCAGAUUCUCCUUGCCCUGUAUCACCUGCUGUCGUUGUCGACCUCGCAAUCGACGGUCAUCGGGCAGACCAGCGUGCCGGCCAUCGCCGAGGAGCUGCUGACCGUGUCGCGCUUCAAGCUGCUCUUCUUCUUCCUGAGCAUCGACUCGGACAAUGCGUCCACCUCGGCGGACAUCACCCUGCCGGAUGUGCCGGUCCCGGUGGUGGCCCUGCGGGCCAUCGAGCGGACCAUCUCCAGCCGGGCUUGCAUCACGGCCAUCGCCGAGGCCGGGGUCCUGCACAAUGCCCUGGUGCUGAUUGCCAAGAUGGAAGUGGCCUUCCUGCCGGUGCUGGACCUGCUGCAUGGGCUCUUCUCCAAUUCCAAGCUGGUGGAGGAGGCCCUGCGCAAGGGUGGCCUGCUGUAUCUGUUGCACUUGAUUUGCAACUCGAAGAAUGGCCAAGUUCGGACAUCGGCCGCCGCGGUGCUCGGCAAGAUGUCCUCGGACAAGCUCCACGGGCCGCGGGUGGUGCUGCUGGUCAAUCGCUUCCUGCCGCCGGUGUUCAUGGAGACCAUCCGGGAAAAUCCGGAAACCGCGGUGCUCACCUUCGAGCGGGAUGACGAAAACCCGGAGCUCAUCUGGACGGCCGACAUGCGCAAGUACAUCCAGACGUCCAUUCGCCGGCAGUGCCGGGCCUUCUUCAAUUUGCAGAAUGGCGAUCUCAGUGGGGCGGUGUGGCAGCCGCCGGCUGACGAUGCGCCGCCCCUCUACGAGGAGGCGGCCAUGGCCGCCGGCGGGGAGGGCGGCCUGCCGGAGGUGUGCGUUGGCGGGGUGUUCCUGCGGCUGUUCAUCCGCCAGCCCAACUGGGGCAUUCGCAAUCCCAAGCACUUCCUCAAUGCCCUGUUUGAGCGGUUCUUCACCGAAGCCACGGAGCAGGCGGUGGCCGAGCCGCUGGCGCUCAUCGGCGCCGCGGUGGCCCUGCUCAUCCGGUCGCAGCCCAUCCUGGCCCCCUACCUGGCCGGGUUGGAUUACAUGAAGCGCGUGUUUGCCAUCAUGCGCUCGUCCACCAACAUCCAUGUGCUCGAGGCGGCCGUCAUCAUUGCCAAUGAGACCUGCUCGCAUGCGUCCUGCCUGGAGGCCAUGGCCGGCUUCCCGACCGUGGCCCCGCUGCUGCAUGUGGCCGCCCAGUCGCUGGACCAUGUGAACCUGGUGGCCGACACCCUGCGCCUGAUGUUCGAGGUGGAGUUCGCCAACAACCGCGGGUCCUUCGGCCAGCAGGCCCUGGAGACGCGCCUGGUGGCGGUCUUCCUGAAGUUGCUGCAGGAGCCGCUGGCCGUGCAGGAGGGCGCCGCCGCCAUCAAGGCCCAGAUUGUCCGCUGCCUCAAGGCCCUGUCCAAUGACCCGGUCCAUGGGGCCACGCUGCAGGAGCAGCUCAAUGCCUCGGAAGUGUGGCUCAACUACCGGGACCAGCGCCACGAUCUGUUCCUCACGCAGGAUUCCGUGCGCGGGCUCAUCAGCGGCCCGGCCUCCGGCAACAAGGGCCUGCUCACGGGCGCCGUUGGCGGGUCGCCCAUGUCCCGCGCCACCGGCGGCAACAUCACCUCCGCCUCGUCGUCCUCCUCGGCCUCCACUGUCGGCAUUGCCGGGCGCCUGACCAACACCGCCCACAACCUGGCCUCCACCGUGCCCCCGGCCAGCAUCGACCACUACGAUGACGAGCUGAUCUGAUGGUGGGUGUGUGGAAGUGUGUAUCCUCUCCCUUCUUCCCCUCUUCCCUCCGUGCGUGUGUUGCUCACACAUGCACAGGCACACAUCGCUGCUCCCUCUCUCUCUCUCCUUCCUGUUGGCUCCCUCUGCAAUAGAACAUUCCUCUUCUCA